AUGGUAUUUUCUGAAGCAGGCAUUGAGCUUGACCCUAAAAAGGUAGAAGCCAUUGUAUCCAUGAAAGCACUGUGUAACGUCAGCGAAGUGCAGAGUCUGUUAGGUAUGACUAAUUAUUGCGCUAGGUUCAUCUCAAAUUACUCCACCAUUACCGCGCCCGUACGUCAGUUAACCCAUAAAGACAAUGUGUUUGCUUGGCAUAAAGAGCAGCAAUCUGCAUUUGAUGAAAUUAAGAAAAUAUUAAGCUCAUCACCCGUUGUUUCAUAUUUUGAUGUAACUAAAGAAACUGAGCUCAUAGUAGAUGCAUCACCUGUGGGGCUAGCUGGAAUUCUUGUCCAGUAUGAAACCAGUAUGAGGGCAGUAGAAAACCCCAAGUUGUCGCUUAUGGGAGCAGAGCGCUUACGCCGGUAG